CAGCACUCUCUCUCUCUCUCUGUCUUCUUCUUCUUCUUCUUCACGUUCUUCUUGUCGGAGCUCCCGCGAUAAUUCCAAAGCUCCGAUUCCCAGCCCACCGCUGGAAGCGAAGAUGAGGGGCGACGGAGGGAGGGAUUCGCAGGAGUACCUGUUCAAGAUAGUGAUCGUCGGCGACUCGGCGGUGGGCAAAUCGAACCUGCUCUCGCGGUACGCGAGGGGCGAGUUCGACCUCCACUCCAAGGCCACCGUUGGGGUCGACUUCCAGACCCAGUGCCUCGAGAUCGACGGCAAGGAGGUCAAGGCCCAGAUUUGGGACACCGCCGGGCAGGAGCGGUUCCGCGCCGUCACCUCCGCCUACUACCGCGGCGCGUUCGGCGCCCUCAUCGUCUACGACAUCAGCCGCCGGAGCACCUUCGACAGCGUCUCUCGAUGGCUCGACGAGCUGAAUUCUCAUUCGGAUACUACUGUGGCGAAGAUGUUGGUGGGGAACAAACGUGAUUUGGAGGAGAUCAGGGACGUGAGUGUGGAAGAAGGCAAGAACUUGGCGGAGGCAGAAGGUCUCUUUUUCAUUGAGACGUCUGCUUUUGAUUCCACAAAUGUUCACAAGGCUUUCGAGAUCGUUAUCCGGGAAAUCUACGAUAAUGUCAGCAGAAAAGUGUUGAGCUCCGAUUCUUACAAAGUCGAUUUGGAGUCAAACGGGGUAAGCCUUGUGAAUGGGAACGGCUCAAGGAAAGCAUGGAGCAAGUACUCAUGCUGUUCAGUCUAGACUUUGUCCCACUAUUUCAAGGCAUUGGUAUGACUAAAUACCUCGCACUUACCCUCUCAACAUCAAGUCGGUGAGUUUGUGCUAAAGCGAAUCUAUACUAUAGUUACCAAAUUUUCUCCUAUACUGAUUCGAGCAAAGCAUACGUCUUUUGGUCUUCCUCUAUUGGACAUAGGUACAGUUACCUUUCUCGUUUGAGACUGAGAUGUAGAUAAAUAGUUCUGAGAAAACAGGGAAAAGGAAGGAAAGAGAUGUAGAAAUUUGGGCAGUGAAGUCAGUUGUUAUCUCUUUUCUUGUUGGUCUCCCUCUCGUGCUAUUGCUGAUUUUUUUCACCUUCCUGUUUUAAGCUAUGAUGAAGGACUACAGUUUUCAUAUCCACUGGCGUGUUGUAAUCUUUUAAUCAAGUUCGUAUGCGUGGUGACAUUUGAGGAUUGCACAAGGUCACAUUGUUCUAACUACUAGCUCUGCUUUGGAUCGUGAUGUUAGACCUUUCCUGUGUUUUCGUCAUCUUGCGCAAGACUUGCCCUGCUCGAGAAAUGCAAAAACUCGAGAAACUUCAAAACUCCUCUGAUCGAGACAUUGCCGCAACACAUUCGUUCGCUGGAAAUGGUGGUGCAACGAUCUUGUCCAGCUUGUUUACUUGUGGAUUGCACUACAAUCUGUUGGUAAUUCAUUCAUGUAUCCCCUCGCUGUGCUAUGUAAUAUGAGAUAUUGCUUUGUUGUUGGCUUGCAUCCGCAUUUUGAAGUUGGG